CUUUCCCUUGGGAGCGUUUAAAAGUCUUUUACAAAGAACGGAUGAUACAUCAUGAAAUAUUUUGAUUAACUGAGACAGGCGAGCAAAAAGUGGACAGCCUACCGAGAAACUUUCAACGGAAAGGAUGGCACGUUUGAUACUGUUGACGAUAGGAAUGGCCAUGGUAACCUGGGGAACGGGACAAGCAGAAAGCGUGCAGUGUGUGCUCAACGGUCGGCACUACGCUCUAGGCGAUACCUGGCACCCAGUCGUGCCCCCUUUCGGGUUCAUGCCCUGCGUCAAUUGCACCUGCAGCCAGAGCGGAGAGGUGGACUGUAGAUCCCAGACGUGCCCCAAACCUGAGUGUCCCCACCCCAAGAUUACUCCCAACCAGUGCUGUCCUACCUGCGAAGAUAUUGAGAACGUUCCUCCUACAGUAACGGAGGCAGAGGCAAGGGAGAAGCCUGACCCUAGCCUUGACUGUGAGUUCUACGGGGACACCUUCAGUGAUGGCGAUAAGUUCCCUUCCAACAGGACGGCGCUGCAGCCCACCAGAGAAGGGCAGUGUGUGCUGUGUGUGUGUACGAGGGGUCGUGUGUUGUGUCACCUCAAAUCCUGCCCUGCUGUCAGAUGUCGGGAUGGCUAUAUUAACGUGGCCAAUGACUGCUGUCCAAAGUGCAAAGAUUGUCUGGGUGUGGACGGCGUGAGGCUUAAUGGUACAACGUGGAGUCCGAGUGUACCGCCUUUCGGGUUGAUGAAGUGUGUGCAAUGCACUUGUCUGAAUGGACGAAUUGAAUGCAGUCGUAAAAAAUGUCCGGACGAGAAGACACUAAGGUGUAAAAGACCACGAAAAGCUGAAGGCGAAUGCUGCAGCACGUGCCGAAAAGGUGGCAAGCGACGACCUCAUCGUAAUCCUGGUUCUUCUACACCGGCUCCAGCCUUUCCGGUUAGCCGUAAGCCGAAAGGUAAGCCGGUGGUUCCCACCAGCCGACUAACAGAGAACACCCUGCGGCAGCUCUGCCUGGCCAGGCGGACGGAUCGACUCGUGUACCGCACGAAUACUUCUUCAUCCGUGUCUGUCGUGUUCGACAUUCUCAAGAAAUCUCGUGUGGAAGUCAUGACGUGGACGAUACGUAGAGGUCGUCUUUCGGUCAUGCGCAGAGAAAUGCUACCAGCCGAUGAUUACCGAAAACAGACGAACGUUAGCGACAUAGUCGGCUCAACCAACAAGCGACAUUACAAAAAAUUCAAAAGACGGUUGUCAAGACAAUUCAAGAGAUGUGAGAAGAAACGAUCAUGUCGACUGAAACACUUGUCAAAAGCAUUGAGAAAAAUGCGAACGAAGAAAAUAAGGUUCUCCAAUGAUUGUACUAAGAACUGAUGUGUAUGUCUUACGUGCUGUCAGGAUCAUUUGUGUGCUCAGCUUAUAAAAAUGUGGAUUUCAAGAAUUUUAUACGCCCAACAGUGCUUUUAAAAAGGAAGGUUGGAAACUAUCUUUUCCUCCUUGGACAAAUGUAUAUAUUUCGUCUGUUGUAAAAUAUUCUGGGACGCAAAGGUGAACUCGUUCUGGUUAUACAGCGUUGUACUGUUUGAAUCUCGCGUGAAGCAUGUCGACUGCGAGAUAUCGCGUGAGUUUCACGAUAGAUGAGAGACAAGCUGUAUGUGAGUUUUACUUUGAAUUACAGUGACUGAAAUCUUUCAUGGAACGCAAUGACUACGAGGUCUCACGUGAAUCAUUGUGGAACCUCGCGUGAAGUGCGAGGUUUUGGGAUCUCGUGUGAACUUCAUUGGCUGCGAAAUCUCCUGUGACUGCUAUUAACUCAGUGAUGACCGAAUAUGCACUGAUUCUGAAAUCUCGCGUGAUCUGCAGUCAUUGUGAGAACU